AUGUUCGUGCCCCCGAUUUCCAAAGAGGCAAAUGAACCAACGAUUGCUUUCCAUGCCCGAUUGAUGGAAAAGGUCCGCCUCUGUGGUUAUAGCAGUGUUGAUCAGGACCAGUUUAUUCGGGCCCAGUUGUUGAAAGGAAUGCGAAACAAAGAGCUGGUGAAAGCGUCACGGACAUUUGGGUACGAAACUCUUUUCAUCGUCCAAUCAGCAACUCGUGAGGAAGCAUACGCAGCAGAAACAGCUCAGACGGAGCAUCCACACGCACUCGUGGUAGCUCGGAACCACCAACCCACUCCCGUCAAAACACAGCCAUGGAAGCGGAAACUCAAAGCAACUGGUGAUAGGUGGACGCAAUCAAAGCGCCGUAGGAAUGAUAGUACAAACCGAGGAUUGGGACGUAGAUCACGCUGCCCGAAAUGCAAUCGCCUGUUUCACAAAUUUGGAUCGUGUCCGGCAGUCAACAACAAUUGCAACACCUGUGGCGAGAGGGGACAUUUCGCUGUAGUAUACCGGAAAAAAACUACCAACCACCUUCAAAUCGAACAGCACCGUUCAUCAAGAUGGUUGGAUGCCGAAGAUGACAAAAAGGCAAUAAAUACAAUCUCGUUGGCAGAUACAUUGAUCGAUUGUCGCGUGGGAUCUUCGAAUCCAAUUCGUUUCCUGAUCGACUCAGGGGCGGAUGUUAACACGAUUGGUGGAGACGAUUGGGCGAAUUUGAAACACGAGUUCCAAUCAGGCAAUGCCAAACUGGAACCCAUCCAACUGUCAAACGGCAGUGAUUUGCGAUCUUAUGUGUCCAGCAAACAUAUUUCAGUUACCCACGCUUUCAAGGCGAAAAUUGAAGUAGUGGGUUGCUACAAACCAUCAAUCGAGGCUGUGUUUUAUGUCAUUGAUCAAGGUUCUCGUUCCCUACUGGGUCGUUCCACUGCAAGUGAUUUGAGGUUGCUGGAAGUCGGUAUAAACGUUAACAGCUGUGAAAAAAUGGAGCAACCCACAAAGUUCCCUAAGGUACCAGGUGUACUAGUGAAAUUCAGCAUCGAUACGUCAAUACCACCGACAAAAAACGCGUACUACAACGUCCCUGCAGCUUACAGGGAAAGCGCGAGGGCGAGGCUUUCAGAGAUGGAAGUCCGAGGAAUCAUUGAGCGUGUUACAUCGGCCCCUAACUGGAUUAGCGGAAUGUCGGCAGUAGCUAAAGACAAACAUGAUUUCCGGCUAGUCGUGAACAUGCGAGCCCCUAACCGCGCAAUUAAAAGAGAGUAUUAUCGCUUGCCGUCACUGGACGAAAUGAGAGUUAAGCUUCACGGGGCAAAAUAUUUUUCGAAGCUUGAUUUGUCAAACGCAUUUUACCAUUUAGAACUCCAUGAGCAGUCCAGAGAUCUUACGACAUUUUUGUCUGAAAAUGGUAUGUUCCGGUUUACCCGUUUAAUGUUCGGGGUAAAUUGCGCCCCGGAAAUCUUCCAACGGGAGAUGUCAAGAAUUCUCAGAGAAGUGGAUAACAUUAUAGUGUACAUCGACGACAUCCUUAUGUUUGCGGACAGUUUAGAUCAACUCCGCAAAACGGUGUCUCGCGUGUUGAGAAUUCUAAGAGCGAACAACCUGACCGUGAAUCCCGAUAAAUGCCAAUUUGAUAAGAGUCGGAUUAAGUGGCUAGGUCACGAGCUCGACGAAAAUGGAUUCAACAUCGAUGAGGAAAAAAUUAAAGAUAUUCGGAGAUUUAGACAGCCGAACACCGUGUCCGAGCUACGAAGUUUUUUGGGGCUAGCUUCUUUCAACGGUUUAGCAGAGAGCUGCAUGAAGUUGGUGAACAAGGCAAUGAGUGCUGCAUCUGCAAGUGGAACAAGCUACGGAGAAGAGUUAAAUGCAGCGGUUCAAGCGUAUAACGCCGCUAACCACUCCGUCACAGGGAUACCGCCAGAGGAAGUAAUGACGGGUCGAAAAAUUAAACGUGGGCUUCCUCUAAUAUGCCGUGGAAAGGCGUCAUUCGACGAUAACCUGCUUAACGCAAGAGACCUUAAAUCGAAAAGUGAAGCUAAGAAACGUGAAGAUGUUAAACGGGGCGCUCGUCAAUGUCGCAUUAUACCAGGAGACACGGUUAUUGUAGAACGCCUGCCUCGGGCGAAAGCAGAAUCACGAUUCGAUCCACGCAAGUAUACGGUAACGGAAGAAUGA